GCAGCGCGCUAGCCUGGGAAUUGGGACAAGAUGGCGGACCCAGAAAGUGCACAGCCGGCUGUCCCUUCAGCGGCCCCGAUUUCUUUCGGUUUCACUCGCACCUCUGCCCGGAGGCGACUGGCAGACCCCGGAGUCGGCGAAGGACGGGCCUCAGAGGAGAAAGAUUUCUUAAAGACUGUGGAAGGGAGGGAGCUGCAGAGUGUGAACCCUCCAGAAGCCCCCAAGGAACUGGUCAUCCCAUUGAUCCAGAAUGGCUCUCGCAGGCAACCACAGUCCAAGAGCCCUAAGCCAUCCUCAGAAACUAGUACUGAGUUGAUGUCAGAUGGCGUGCUGUCCCUGGCUGUGAAGGAGCUUAUUGAGGAAUCCAAGAAGUCCCUGGAGGAGAGGGAGAAUGCAGGUGUUGAUCUCACACUUACCAUCCCUAUGAUCCAGAAAGGAUGCAGUCCCAGUGGGGAAGGAACAGACAGCGAACCUCAGGCUGAGACAGUGCCAGAGGAAGCCGACUAUGAGGCAGUCCCUGUGGAGGCCUACGGGCUGGCCAUGUUGCGGGGCAUGGGAUGGAAACCUGGCAAAGGCAUCGGCAAUACUUUCAGUCAAGUAGUGAAGCCCCGAGUCAACUCUCUAAGGCCCAAAGGCUUAGGGCUAGGUGCCAAUCUGAUGGAGGCCCAGGCCUUAGCCUCCACUGGCUCUCACCACCCACCAAGACCAGAUGGGGAUCGAGAGAAGGAUAAGGAAGGGCAACCUCAAGGGUUGAUUCCUGGAGGAGCAGUUGUGGUCCUUUCUGGCCCUUACCGGGGUCUCUAUGGGAAGGUAGAAGGCCUUGAUCCUGACAAUGUGCGGGCCAUGGUUCGGCUGGCAGUAGGCAACCGCAUUGUGACUGUUAGUGAGUAUUGCCUACGGCCUGUUUCCCAGCAGGAGUUUGAUAGCCACACCUCACAGCCAGGCCAUGUGAGCAAAACUUCCACAGAGCAGCAGAACAGAACAACUGGAACAGCCUUGUCAUUGAAGGCCCCCCAGAAUCAGGAGGACUCAAAGCGGAGGCAGAAGGAUUCAGAGAGGAAGCGGAAACACCCUCCAGACCGACAGGAUGGACCUGUGGCAAAGAGUGAGAAAACAACCACUAAGAACAAGCACUGGUUACACAGGGAUUUACGUGUGAGGUUCAUUGACAAACUGCACAAGGGUGGCCGGUAUUACAACACCAAGAUGACAAUUGAAGAUGUCCCGAGCCCAGAUACUUGUGUGUGUCGGACAGAUGAAGGCCGAGUUCUAGAAGGCGUGACAGAAAACAUGCUGGAAACCCUGAUUCCCAAGGGAGAGGGUCACCGUGUGAUGGUGGUGCUGGGACCACAUGCUGGAAAGGUGGGACUUCUUCUGAGUCGGGACAGCGUGCAGAGUCAAGCUUUGGUGCAACUUGGGAGAGAGAAGCAGGUUGUAGAGUUCCACUAUGAUGCUGUCUGCCAGUACAUGGGUCCCAGUAACUCGGAUGAAGACUGACGUGUGGACCACUGUCAUCCCCCAGGCUGUCACUAGUUGUGUUGCAAUCUGCAAUGGAUGCCACGGAGAAGAUAGGAGACAAUUGAGGUGCAAGAACAAGGGUGUGAGCUGAUAGACCAGACUAUUUACCAAAAUUUAGAAUAUAAUAAAACCCAUUUUAAAAAGUGGGAAGAUGACAUCAAAACCAGUAGGUGAGCUGUGAAUUCAGGUGGGAACUGAGAUGACUGAAGUGGAGCUACUUCAUUUCUUAGCCUCAUUUCCCUGCUCAGGGUGCAGGACAAGUUAAAUUACCUAUCCAAUACAGAGUUCCCUCUUGGAGCAUAGAAAUGAUGAGAUCUGUCCUCACACAAACACUAUAGAAUCUCCAGUGCUACAUCUCAGAACAGCUUCCUGAGUUUGGAUCUUGAAUGGCUUUCAAAGACCCAUAUCUUUCUUUUUUAAGGUUUAUUGUAUUUUUAGUUAUAUUAUGUGUGUGCCUGUGUGAAAGUGUGCGAUUAUGAGUACAGAUGCUUUCAGAGACCAUUAGUGUUAAGUCCCCUGGGAACUGAAGCUACAUGCAAGGAACCAAACUUGGGUCCUUUGAAAGAGCAGCAAGCACUCUUAACCACUGAGCCAUCUCUCUAGCCCAUAUAUCCAUGUCUUAAAGGAUUCUUGCCCAAGAUGAUGCUAGUAGCACUUAUUUUUGACCUUUGAAAGCUAACGGCCUGCUAGAGAUUGCUUAGGCCAUGACUUAGAACCUCCAAAACUGUGAACCAAAAUAGACCUUUCCUCCUCACACUUUAUUUCUGGUAGUUUGUCUGAGAACUCUAGUGGGACAUCCAUUAUCCUUGAUCCAGGGCAGACCUCCAGGAAUGCCACUGAGGUGAUGAUGCACUGAAGAGACAUGGAGACUUAUGCCCACAGAUGGGAUGGGUUACUUCUAAUUUCCAAAGAAGCCAGUCACUUUUAGUCCUAAAUUAUUAGCUUGCAGGUUAAAAGCUAUUUCUGACUCAUGCAGUUUCUCUGCUUGCCCUAGGUGACUAUAUUUUUUUAAAAGGUUAUUGCUGAGAAUCCUGAACCUUUUUCCUGCUUAAUGGUGUAAGAUAAAAAUCAACAAGAGAAGUCAGAGUAUUAGACACUAUUGCUUCUAAAUCAUAUUUGAAGCUUAAGUCAUUCAUGCAAUAAAUGGUAUUUGACUUAGAUCUGGGCCACAGAUAAGAAUACCUAAAUGCCUAUGGCAUACAUUGAAAAGAAUCAAAAUACCCCAGAACAGGAUGAUAAGAUAAUUGGAACUAGGGAUGGGGCUUAGUGUUGGUGUAUGUGCCUAACAUAUGUAAAGCCUUGGGUUCCAUCCCCAGUACCACCAGGAAAAGAGAAAUUGCUGACUCUGUUGAACAAAGGCAAACUGAACUCUCUGGCCAAAAUGAACAAACAUAAAAACGAUGUGAGUCACCAAGUGUGGUUGGUAGCCCACACCUGUAAUCUAGCACUUGAGAGCUGAGAUAGGAAGAUUUCCAUGAGUUCUAGGACAGUCUGAGCUUCAUCAAAAGACUCUUUCUUCAAAAACUUAAAAACAGGAAAUGGGCUGGGUGUGGUGGCACACAGCUCUGAUCCUAGCACUCAGUAGGCAUAGUCAGGCAGAUCUCCAUGAGUGUGAGGCCACCUGGUCUACAUAGCAAGUUCCAUAGGGCUACAUAGUGGGUCUCAGAAAAGAGAGUGUGGCUUUUCCCCUUCCUAUUAACCCUUUUAUGUCUCUUGUCUAAUUGCUACAGCUAAGACUUUGACACUGUAGAAAACAGGUAGAGGAGAGUGGGCAACUUUCCUUAUCUCAUUCCUGAUUUUAGAGGAAAUGCUCAGUAUGUCUCCAUUUAAUAUAAUGUUGGCUAUAAUAACAUGUUGGUAUAUAACUUUUAUUAUUUUGAGGUGUUUUCCAUCUGUUCCUACAGUCUCCAGAGCUUUUAUCACAAAAACUUGUCGAAUUUGUCCAAUGUGUUUUAAACAUCAGUUUAAAUAAUUAAUGUAAUUUCUGUCCUUGAGUUUGUUUGUAUUCCAUUUAUUGGUUUAUGUAUGUUGUAACAAUGUUGCCUUUCUAGGAUGAAGCCCAUUUGGUUAUAAUGUGUAAUCUUCUCAGUGUAUUCCUGAAUUCAGUUUGUAAGCAUUUUGUUAAGAAUUUUUGCAUCUGUGUUCAUCAAAAAAUUGAUCUGUAGUUUUUUUCUUUCUCUUUCCUUUCUUUAUCCUCCUCCUUCAUCUCUUUUUUUCUUCCCUUUUUUUUUUGUUUUGGGUUUUUCAAGACAGUGUUUCUCUGUGUUGCUUUGGAACCUGUCCUGGAAUUUACUGUAGACCCCCAGCAUGUGCUGGGAUUAAAGGCAUGCAUCAUCAUGCCUGACCUAAAGAACUUUUUUUUUAAUAUUUAUUUAUUUAGUAUACAAUAUUUUGUCUGUGUGUAUGUCUGUAGGCCAGAAGAGGGCAUCAGACCUCAUUACAGAUGGUUGUGAGCCACCAUGUGGUUGCUGGGAAUUGAACUCAGGACCUUUGGAAGAGCAGACAAUGCUCUUAACCACUGAGCCAUCUCUCCAGCCCCCUAAAGAACUUUUUUGAAUAUAUCACCUGAACUAACCCGAACUAUCAACAAAUGGAACUGUAUGGAAUUGAACACUUUGUGUACAGCAAAGGGAACAGUAGGCAGAGCCAAGAGCAGAGAUCUUUACUAGCUACACCUCAGACAAUGGGCUGAUAGCCAGAAUUUACAAAGAAUUGCAGAAAUUAAAUACCAAGGAAACAAAACUGCCAGUCAUCAAAAAGUACAAAUGAGCUGGGCAUGGUGGCACACGCCUUUAAUCCUAGCACUCAGGCAGGUAGAUCUCUGUGAGUUCAAGGCCAGCAUGGUCUACGAAGUGAGUUCCAGGACAGCCAGGACUGUUACAUAGAGAAACUGUUUCAAUAAAAAAUGGGCUGGAGCGUGGUAGUGGUGAUGGUGUCUGCGCAUGCCUUUAAUCCCAGCACUCAGUAGGCUGAGACAGGUGGAUACCUGAGUUUGAGGUCUGCAUGGGGAAAACCAAACAAAAACGACCAAUAACCAUUUUUUAAAGUGUUCACUAUCCUUAGCCAUUAAGGAAAUGCAAAUUAAACCUACUUUGAGAUACCACCUCACCCCAGUCAGAAUGGCUGUCCAUAAAUCUGACAACCAAUGUUGGAAAGGAUGUGGAAAGUACCCUUAAUCAACUUUUGAUAGUGGUGCAAGCUAAUAUAAAGUCAUUGUGGAAAUCAGUUUGAAGAUUUCUCAAAGAACCCCAUACCCUACCAUAGAGAUAUUGGCACCCCCAUGUUUAUCGCUGCUUUAAUCACUAUAGGAAAGAAUGAAAUCGAUCUAGUUGUCCAUUAACACACACACCAAAUUUUCAUCAGCCGUAUUGAAGGGUUUACCCAGCACUCCCCACCCCAGUUGGCAACUGUGACAGGCUGUAGAAAAAGACCCAGCAAGAUACAGGCCCCUGACUGAGCAGGAUGUGCUGAGCCCCUGGCCUUGCCUUAAUUACUGGGAAGAAAUUGCCAGGUAUCCUCCAUUUGGUAAGGAAGCAAUCAGAAGUGAGCUGGCGCUGGCGGGCUCUGGAUGUGCUUUACUGAUAAUGGUGGAAUGCAGUAACCGCUCCCCCAUGGCUUCCAGGUAUAGCAACCUUUCCCUAGCUGCAGCUGACCAAUUACCUCAGGACAGGGUCCCCCAGCCCGGAGGUGUGCCUAUCCUGAGACUUGUCCAUGCAACUUGAAGACUCCCAGACCAUCCCCCCUUUGCUCUAUCCCCCUGCCCCACUGCUCCCCUACUC